AAGAGACCUGCACCGCCACAAGCGCCCAUCGUCACCAAAUCAACCUUCAGCAACACCAGCAUCAACCAGCAUCAGGCAUCUCCUCUGGCGGUAUUUUUGACGACUUAGACGCGCAAGACGUCGUCAGCCAGCAGCAUUUUUUCACGAUACCCGGAAGUGGACUCAUAUCUAUCCAGCCGAACAGGCAGAAGAAUAGUCUACGACCAGGUACAAAAGGCCGGCUACCGCCCCCUUUGGACGGCCGCUAUAUGAUUCAACCAUCUUCCCAACGGCGUCACAUCUCGCCAAUCUUCAGCUGAAUAGUCACCACUCUUGCACUUAGUCGCGAAGAUGCCUCCGCCGCCCCCUCCCCCUCCGCCGCCGCCACCGAUGCCUGGAAAGGCUGCCGGACCUCCCAAGGGCGGUCCUCCAAGGACUGCUCUCCUUUCAGAUAUCUCCAAGGGCACAAAGCUCAAGAAAACCGUUACAAAUGACAGAUCUGCACCUCUUAUUGGAAAGACAUCCGGAGGCUCGGGAGGCCCUCCUGUUGCUGGUGCCCCGCCGGUUCCGGGAAUGGCGCCUAAACCACCAGGCGGACUUGCCCCCCCUGUCCCCGGAGGCGCUGUGAACAGACUGAGAAGCAAUAGUGCUGGGAAUGAACGGCCUGGAGGUGACGAUAGUGUUCCAUCUGCACCGCAGCUAGGCGGUUUGUUCGCGGGCGGAAUGCCUAAGCUUAAGAAGCGCGGUGGUAUAGAUACAGGUGCCUCUUCAAAUGCAUCGUAUCUGUCGGACUCUGAAGCACAGAGUAGCUCGAGGACACCACCUCCUUCAGGGGCCGCGCCUAAACCUCCGAUACCAUUGAGCAAAACACCUACUUUUCGUCCAUCUCCUCCGCCAUCUACAGAAGCUACGUCUACACCCCUGUCAAUCCACUGGUAG